AUGUCGAAGACGGCAAGCCGCCCAGACUGGGCCGACGAUGUUUCGGACUCCGAACAGAUCAACGACCCUACAGCGCUGCCGCCCCCAGUGACGACGGUGAACAAGGACGGAACGAAAACCACCGUGUUGUAUCGCCUCGACGACCUAGGCCGCAAGGUCAAAGUGACCCGCAAAACCCGCACGACGGUGCACAAGGAACGAGUGAACCCCGUGGUUGCAGAACGCAGGGAAUGGGCCAAGUUCGGGCUCGAGAAGGGCAAGUCCAAGGGCCCGCAGCCGGACACGACGUCCGUGGGCGAGAACAUCGUGUUCCGACCCAGCAGGGACUGGAAGAACGUGCAGGCCGAAGAGGCCAAGACCGGCGGCGGCAGGGCCGAGGAGAAGAGUCUGAAGGAACAGCUGCGCGACAAGAAGGUCAAGUGCCGGAUCUGCUCGGGCGAGCAUUUCACCGCCAGAUGUCCCUUCAAGGAUACCAUGGCCCCGGCGGACGAAGGGGCAAACCCUGCCGCGGACCCCUUGGCCGACGACGAAGAGGCCAAGGCAGCUGGCGGCCUCGGUGUCGGUGGCUCUAGCUAUGUCCCUCCGCAUCUCAGAAAGGGUGGUGCCCAAGCCGCCGGUGAGAGAAUGGGUGGCAAGUACGAGAGAGAUGAUCUGGCUACGCUGCGUGUCACGAAUGUCUCCGAAAUGGCCGAGGAGCAAGAACUCCGCGACCUCUUUGAGCGCUUCGGCCGCGUCACCCGUGUCUUCCUUGCCAAAGAUAGAGACACUGGGCGGGCCAAGGGCUUCGCGUUCAUCUCAUUCGUUGACAGGGCUGAUGCUGCCCGAGCGUGCGAGAAGAUGGACGGCUUUGGUUACAGGCAUUUGAUUUUGAGAGUCGAGUUUGCAAAGCGGACGACCUGA